AUGGAAGACAAGUACAAAGAGCUUAUUUACACGGACAAGUCGCAGGUGCCCGAGCAUCUGCUUAAAUAUUAUUACCAAAGGAACAGGCUAUUUAGCCAAUAUGACCAGGGCAUCAUUCUCGAUGAAGAGUCGUGGUACUCGGUCACACCAGAGCUAAUCGCGAUGCAAACGGCUGAACGAUGCCGAUGCGGAACGAUCGUUGACGCUUUCUGCGGAGUUGGCGGUAAUGCCAUCUCCUUUGCCUUCACCUGCGAGCGGGUGAUAGCUAUAGACAUUGAUCCGGUUAAAAUUGAAUUGGCGAGGCAUAACGCGAGAAUCUACGGCGUUGAAGACAGGAUAGAGUUUAUACAGCAAGAUUAUAUUAGUUGGGUUAACGAGUACAAGUUUGAUUACAAUAUUGACGUUAUCUUCUACUCGCCGCCCUGGGGUGGGAUAAACUACAUGGAUACCUUCACGCUGGAUAGCCUAAUGCCUGUGACCGGCGCGGAGCUCGUUCGCAGAGCCAAGGCAAUCACACCGAAUGUCUGUAUGUUUCUGCCGAGAAACACAACGCUACAAGACAUCAGCCAGCUGGACGACGCAGUCGAAGUAGAGGAAAACUGGAUGUCUGACAAUAUCAGGAUAUCCUUCAGCGAUUCGGACGUGUUUGAUGUUGUCGGCUACGUCCAAGGACCGGAAGGCACCCCAUACGAGGACGGCUUCUUCAAAGUCAAGUUCAACUUUGGUGCUGACUUCCCAAACAGUCCACCAAAUUGCAGGAUGCUAACCAAGAUAUUCCACCCAAAUAUCAGCAAGACCGGUGAGAUCUGCGUUUCCACCCUCAAGAAGGACUGGAGACCUGAAUUCGGUAUAGAGCACAUCCUUGUUACAAUCAAGUGUCUCUUGAUCUACCCAGGCCCUGAUUCUGCUCUCGAUGAAGAAGCGGGAAAGUUACUUCAGGAGAGUUAUCAAGACUACUUCAAUCACGCGAAAAUGAUGACUUCUAUUCACGCAAGAAGCCGCCCUAUCGAGUUCGACUCUUCUCCUUCCCAAAUCGAGAAUCAGCCCCUCUCAAAUGCUCCGAUCGAGCCUUCAACCAAACAAGAAAACCAACCUGCAAAGCAACCUUUGAAGUCCAAGGAGGCAAACGCAAAGAAGAAAGGAUUAAAAAGACUCUAA